AUACUAAGCAUAUGUACUUCUCUGUGUAUGUACACCUGAUCAACUGUUUUCAACUAUCAACUAAUUAAUUACUACAAUUUUAACAUCACAACUUAUUAACUUACUUUAUUAACCUUAUAGUACUAACAAUAAGUCAGUCAAAUACGAUUAAAAAAUAUUAAAUUAUCUUUAUAUAAUAAAUCUUAUAUAAGACACGCGCGAGAAAACUAAAAUUGUUAAUUAACCUAAAGCACAAGGCCACAAUCGUCAAAGAAAACGAGAAAGUAAUGAGUACCACCAUAGGGAUACCCAUUCGCUCAUGCCUUGUGAUUCAGGAACUGAGAACCACUGAGGAUACGCGCAACUUCGAGACGCAGUUGCAGGUCAGAAAUGGCCGAGAUGUAAGAUACCAGAGGACAAUGCGCCGGCGCACGGCACAUUGUCAGCUGGCCGCGCGGCGCGCUGCGGGCCAACCGUGUUCAGCCAAUGAACUUGGCCCCGCGAACUUGCUCAUGCGCAAAACGGAAAGCGAGCAUUCGAGCUCCGAUUUCGUGGAAGAGAGAAGACUCUCCUUCGAGACGGGACACAGUACGCAGCACUGGUAUUGAGAGUCUUUU